AUGAGUUGGGGAGCGGUGUAUUCGGAUGUUAACCAUCGAUGGGAGGCUACAUGGGAGGCCUCGAUGAGCUCUGAUGAUGAAUCUUGGGAAGAAUGGGAGGAGGAAGAGGAGACUGAUGAUGAAGAGGAGGAUGAUGAUAAUAGAAAUGUAAUGUUGCGGCCCCCUCGUCGGGCUAUACCUCCUGAGCGUUGGAUGAGGGGGAGGAUGAUGAUGCCGCCGCCGCCAUCGCCGCCGCCGGGACGUCCACAAUCGGUGCCGUCUAGUAGCGACGACGAUGAUAGUGACUAUGCGUCCCCUCCCUCACCAUCACGAUGGUGGUGCCGCCCUUCCUACACAGAAGAUACGACUGAUGAGUCUGUACAAGAGGACGAGGAAGAGGAAGAGGACGACGAUAGGAGCCCAUCGCCACCGAGGCAGCGCAGGAGGAUCUAUUCUCCACCAAGCCCUCAAGUCCAUCAUAUUAGAGAGUUCAGUCCAGAGUUAUGGAGAUUGGCAGCUGUUGUUGCUCGGGGGGAUUCUCCACAUAGAGAAAGCGAUAGAGGAUGGAAUCCUCAGCCUAGAAACGGGAGGAUGCAUGAAAGGUCGCCUUCAAUUAGAGAUUCUAGUCCUGAUAUGCCACAACGACAACAGUGGGGUUACGAGAGUGGAGGAAAUAUCUCGGAUGACAGUAGCGAGUACGACGAUUCAUUUUCGGACGAUUCAUCUUUGGACGACUCACCACGGCAACUCCAAGAGGGUUGGCGUGCCCCUGCCCCUGCCAUCCAUAUUGAGAUCAGUAGAGAAGGGUUCCAAAGGAUAGGCCCUCAUCCUUUACCGCCGAGUCGGUAUCCACCAUCACCAUCACCACCGACCACCACCACGACAACAGCAAUAAUAGUGGAGUGGCCACCGAUGUUACCAGAGAUAACUGAGGAUAGGAUGAAGAGAUUAUGUGAAGAUCGAGGGUUGGACCCCGACACCUUUAUGUGCCCUAUUACUCGAGCUCCACUGAGAUGCCCUGCAGUGGCAUGUGAUGGGCAUACCUAUGAGAGAGGUGCGAUACAUAGAUGGCUGGCGAGGAAUGAUAAAUCGCCUGUUACUGGUUCGAGGAUGAUGACGAGGUUGGUACCCAACGUUUCGUUAAGAACCCUAAUGUACUCCCUUUUCUUUGACGACAACAACAACAAUAACUGAUCGAUCUUUACUCACAAGGCGCCGCUUUAUCAUUAAUAUUUCU